AUGCUAUCGGUCUUCAGAUCCAAAGGCUUCGACGCCACCAAAUUCGAAAAAAGUCUGAAAAAUCUGUCGACCAAAAUCCUCAGCAAGGAAAAAGCACUUCACCGCUACAGAAACAACAAGUCGCACUACCAACGGGUUGCCGUUCUAUACUUGUUUGCCAUAUACUCCAGUUACGCAUUUUACCUGUAUCUGUCCGCAGAGAGGCUUUCCAGAGGCCAAUGGGUGCAUCUUGCCUUUCCUCCAGCACUGAUCGUUCUGGUAUACAUUUUCAUUGGCCGCUUCUACAACUACUUGAUAACCAACACCGAGCGCAAACUGGAAACACUCAAGGAACAGCAUCAAGAAAAAAUCGCAGAACUCAAGGAAAAAACAAAUUUUGACAAAACACACGAGUUGCUCAGCAGGUUCUCGAAUGGCGAGGACCUGAAGGAGCUCGAGACACAGGCACAGGAGAUUAAUAGACAGAAACAAGAGUAUUUGCAGCUGAUCAAGGACGGAAAAGCGCCCAGUCUCGAUUCUGCCUCCAAGGACACAAAAACGUUCUACGACCAGUUUUUCAACCUACUGCUCGGCAGCGACGAGCUGGGCCCGGAUAUGCGCUACGCGCUCAUUUGCAAGUCGUGUCUACAGCACAACGGCCUUGCUCCCAAGGGAAUGGAGGCAGCACAGGUGAAAUACGUGUGUCCCAAGUGCGGCACGCUCAACGGCGAGGAGUCAGCGCAGGACACAGCCAACCAGACAGAAAUAGUAGACAAGACUACCUAAUUUAAUCAGAUACCCACUCUAUCUAAGAAGUAAGAGACAUGAUGGCAUUGACCAUGUCUCCGUUGUGCUCUUUCAGGGCCUUCACAGCCUUGGCUCUGGAAACGUUGGUUUGCUCAACAAUGAUCUCGAUAUCGCCCGAGUCCAGACCGGUCUCGUCGACCUCCUCGUCGUCAUCCUCCGCAGGAGCAGUCUUGUCGGCCAAUGAGGCAGCCUGCAGGUCUGCAGUGAUGGACUCUGGGUCCUUUGGAGCGUCUCCUUCCUUAACGGCAGCAGCGGCCUGUUGGGCAGCCUCCUGAGCAGCAGCAGCCUCGGCGUAUCUCUUGUUCAGGUCCUCAACCUUGGCCUCUCCAAACACGACGUACGAGCCGGCGACAGAUCUGUACACUUCUGGGUUGUCAAUGGCCAGAAUGAAGUUGCCCUUCUUUCUGAAGGUGACUCUGGUGAUGCCCUUGACCUGCUUCAAACCCAGCUUCAGGAUCAUUUGUCUGGCCUUUUUCUCGUUCUUGGAUAGGACGUGGACCUCAGCUCCGUCUGGGAUUUGUUCUUCGACGAUUUCC